AAGGAGGCGGGACCAGCCUUUUCUCCUACCCGGUACUUUCGGUUUUCAGCGCGGAGUCUGUCAAAGCUCCCUGGAGACCUCGGGGGACCGCGCCCCUCAGACCCUCUGGGGACACACAGCUGAGCGGCGCAGGGAGACCUGUCCAGACUCGAGCUCCUGCGAGCAGGGAGUGAGUGGCAGUCGUUUCAACACUGCUCCAUUCCCUAGGCCGGCGCCUCGCCGCCGCGCAUGCAGUUGGCAUAUAACCUUGCUGUGUGUGGUGGUUGCUUGUGUUGAAUCUCCAACCUGCACCCGGAGACAGCCCAGGAAGACUUCGUGGAAACGAAAGCAUUUGGAAUCCCAAGGAUGUCACAGUGGUACGAGCUUCAGCAGCUGGACUCCAAGUUCCUGGAGCAGGUUCACCAGCUGUAUGAUGACAGUUUCCCCAUGGAAAUCAGACAGUACCUGGCCCAGUGGCUGGAAAAGCAAGACUGGGAACAUGCUGCCUAUGAUGUUUCAUUUGCCACCAUCCGCUUCCAUGACCUCCUCUCUCAGCUGGAUGAUCAGUACAGCCGCUUUUCUUUGGAGAAUAAUUUCUUGUUGCAGCACAACAUAAGGAAAAGCAAGCGCAAUCUCCAGGAUAACUUCCAAGAAGAUCCCGUACAGAUGUCCAUGAUCAUCCACAACUGCCUGAAGGAAGAAAGGAAGAUUUUGGAAAAUGCCCAAAGAUUUAAUCAGGCCCAGGAGGGAAAUAUUCAUAACACCGUGAUGCUAGAUAAACAGAAGGAGCUGGACAGUAAGGUCAGAAAUGUCAAGGAUCAAGUCAUGUGCAUAGAGCAUGAAAUCAAGACCCUAGAAGACUUACAAGAUGAAUAUGACUUUAAAUGCAAGACCUCUCAGAACAGAGAAAGUGAAGCCAACGGUGUGGCGAAGAGUGACCAAAAACAGGAACAGCUGCUGCUCCAUAAGAUGUUUUUAAUGCUUGACAAUAAGAGAAAGGAAAUAAUUCACAAAAUCAGAGAGUUGCUGAAUUCUAUCGAGCUCACUCAGAACACUCUGAUUAAUGAUGAGCUCGUGGAGUGGAAGCGAAGACAGCAGAGUGCCUGCAUUGGGGGACCGCCCAACGCUUGCCUGGAUCAGCUGCAAAGCUGGUUCACCAUUGUUGCAGAGAGCCUGCAGCAGGUCCGUCAGCAGCUUAAAAAGCUGGAGGAGUUGGAACAGAAGUUCACCUAUGAGCCCGACCCUAUUACAAAAAACAAGCAGGUGUUAUCAGAUCGCACCUUCCUCCUCUUCCAGCAGCUCAUUCAGAGCUCCUUUGUGGUGGAACGACAGCCGUGCAUGCCAACUCACCCUCAGAGGCCCCUGGUUUUGAAGACUGGGGUGCAAUUCACUGUGAAGCUGAGACUGUUGGUGAAAUUGCAAGAGCUGAACUAUAACUUGAAAGUGAAAGUCUCUUUUGACAAAGAUGUGAACGAGAAAAACACAGUAAAAGGAUUUCGGAAGUUCAACAUCUUGGGUACACAUACAAAAGUGAUGAACAUGGAAGAAUCCACUAAUGGAAGUCUGGCGGCUGAGUUCCGACACCUGCAACUGAAGGAACAGAAGAAUGCUGGGAACAGAACUAAUGAGGGGCCUCUCAUUGUCACCGAAGAACUUCACUCUCUUAGCUUUGAAACCCAGUUGUGCCAGCCAGGCUUGGUGAUUGACCUCGAGACCACCUCUCUUCCUGUUGUGGUGAUCUCCAACGUCAGCCAGCUCCCCAGUGGCUGGGCUUCUAUCCUGUGGUACAACAUGCUGGUGACAGAGCCCAGGAAUCUCUCCUUCUUCCUGAACCCCCCGUGUGCACGGUGGUCCCAGCUCUCAGAGGUGUUGAGUUGGCAGUUUUCAUCAGUCACCAAGAGAGGUCUCAACGCAGACCAGCUGAGCAUGCUGGGAGAGAAGCUUCUGGGUCCUAAUGCUGGCCCUGAUGGUCUUAUUCCAUGGACAAGGUUUUGUAAGGAAAAUAUUAAUGAUAAAAAUUUUUCCUUCUGGCCUUGGAUUGACACCAUCCUAGAACUCAUUAAGAAGCACCUGCUCUGCCUCUGGAAUGAUGGGUGCAUCAUGGGCUUCAUCAGCAAGGAGCGAGAACGUGCUCUGCUCAAGGACCAGCAGCCUGGGACGUUCCUGCUCAGGUUCAGUGAGAGCUCCCGGGAAGGGGCCAUCACAUUCACAUGGGUGGAACGGUCCCAAAAUGGAGGUGAACCCGACUUCCAUGCUGUUGAGCCCUACACGAAAAAAGAACUUUCAGCCGUUACCUUCCCAGAUAUUAUUCGCAAUUACAAAGUCAUGGCUGCUGAGAAUAUACCAGAGAAUCCCCUGAAGUAUCUGUAUCCCAAUAUUGACAAAGACCAUGCCUUUGGGAAAUACUAUUCCAGGCCGAAGGAAGCACCAGAACCGAUGGAGCUUGAUGACCCUAAGCGAACUGGAUACAUCAAGACUGAGUUGAUUUCUGUGUCUGAAGUCCACCCUUCUAGACUUCAGACCACAGACCACCUGCUUCCCAUGUCUCCAGAGGAGUUUGACGAGAUGUCCCGGAUAGUGGGCUCUGAAUUUGACAGUGUGAUGAGUGCAGUAUAAACACGAAUUUCUCUCUGGCGACAUUUCUCUUCCCAUCUGUGAUUCCUUCCUGCUACUGUUCCUUCAUAUGCUGUAUUUCUAGGGAAACGCAAUGAAGAACAGCACAUUUGUUGACCCCUGUGGAUAGAAAGUGGAUAUUUCUCUAACUAGAAACCUGUCACUUCAUGCAUCUUACUGAAGGCGAAAUGGAAAGUCACUCAUGCAGAAUGGAUUUUGUAAACAAACCCCAAGAGAUCCACCCAGGCAUCAGGACUAGAAUGCGAGUGUUUGGGAAAGGUGAGGAGUAGUCACUUUAGUAAUGCUCUGAAAUCAGUGCCCAAGUGCUGCACAUUAUUGGAAAGAUACAUACUUCUGGGGGAGGGACCUUCCUGAUGUAGGAAUAUUUCUGUCCCAGGGGAUACUGGCAUUUCCCCUCUCCUUUAUGGCUGGAAGUCUUCCACUGUUUUACAUAUGGCACAGUUCAAAGUCAACUUUAGAAACAAUGAUAUAUCAAACUGUUGUGGCCACCCUUCAUCUGAGUGGGAAGAAAACAAUCGUGUUCCUUACUGCAGCAUCUGCACACAGGCAUGCUUGCUCCCUUCAGGGAUUAGCUUUGCUGGUGGCUGUGGCUAAACAAAACUAAACACCAAGAGAAGUUAAGAACAUGUUCUUGAGUACUCUCUGUUCAGUCUGUACUCCACCAAGCUAAAUGGUUUUUGUUGUCUUUUUGGUCCAUCGGUUGAAUAAAAUUGUCUUUGCACAUCCAC